AUACAGUACAUGCACUAUGUAACACACCGUCGUUUUUCUAAAUAAUUCAAUGUUUGCAUCAAUCAGAAUAGACUUUUUUGCUAUAGAGAAAUAUACUAUUAUCCUUUGUUAUUUCUGAGCAACAGUCAGCCUUUUAUCGUGUCAAUAUAUCGAUCGCUUAUUUAUACUGCAACGGGGAAAUCCAGUAUUUAAAGUUAGGCGAGAUGAAUGGUUUAUAUUUAGAACACGCGAAACUAAAACUAUUUUUACUUUAAAAUCGUGGAACACGGACGUGAGGAAAUCAUGUCAGAGAUCGAAAAAUUGAGAGAUGAGCACAAGAAACUAAAAGAUCUGACUGUGUGCAAAGUCUGCAUUGAGAGUCAGGUAUCGUACGUAUUCAUGCCGUGUGGUCAUCUGGUUUGUUGCUCGGACUGUGGCCCAGCAAUGCGGACAUGUCCAGUCUGCGAAUCUACGGUGAAAAGAAGAGUUAAGGCCAAUCUGGAAUAAGAAACUAGGAAUAUUGCACGAUGAACAAGGCGUGUCGUUAUGUGGUGUGCAGGACUCGUUGCGUUUUGUUAUCUAGCACAAUGAAUCUGAUUUGACACAACUUGUAUUCAUAUUAUAAUUUUCUUACUGGAGAGAAAAUUAGAUUCAGUUUCAGAAUGGACUGACACUUUUUUAGUGACGAUGUUUCCGCAUUUCAAAAUUUCAAAUUACAGGUAAUGUUCAAAGGGACAUUGAUGCAGGGAAUUAAUUCUACAGUAAUAGACUCCGAAAUAGGAUAUGAAAAGAAAUUCAAAGUAUGACAUAUGCUCACAUAUUUCCGGACUUCUCCCGAAAGAUAAAUGAAUAUACUAAUUAUUAAAAACCUGAUAUGUGCAUGUUUAUAAGAUGUUAUACAAUAAUAUUUGCAAUAAUAUUGUAUUUAUCAACCAAUAAAUAUGAAAUAACAGACUUUAAGACCAAAUAUUGAUACAUGUACAUAGAAAAUAGAUGUUUUCUUAUUUUAGAAAUGUUCUCUUGUUUCUUGUUACAUGUGUUUAGUCCAUCUAACGAUAAAACCUACACUCUCAGUGAGGCAAUCUACUUGGAUUAGGGGCUUGACAUAGAAUGUAAUAAUGUUUUCCAGUUUUGAUAUACUCAGUACAUAUUCUACGACCAUAAUUAGUAUUUUAACAGUACAUAAGACGUCUAAUCGCAAGAAUUCAAUAUAACUACAAAGAAUACAUUUUUUAUCAUUCCAUAUUAUCUAAAGGCGAUGUUGUAACCCUUUGGGAAGAUUUUAACACUGGAUUCGGUUCGUUUAGCUGUCAUUUAUUCUGAAAAGUAAAUAACGAACAAUGAUUAAUCCUAUAAAGAAUAGAAAAUUGAAAGUAGGGCAACCAAGGACCCCUUCACACACCAGAGGUGGGAUCAGGUGCCAAGGAAGAGUAAGCAUUCCGUAUUUGACUGGUCAUGCCCGCCGUGAGCCCUUUAUCUUGAUCAGGUAAACAAAUCACUGACUAAAGAUCAUCUGCGUUCAACAUAUUCGUGAAACAGAGGCCUAUAUCAGUGUUUCCUCCGCUGGGGUCCGUACUGUAUGUCGCAGAUUGACAUUUUUCUUUGUCGGCGAUGAAGAUACUCGUCAUAUAUAUGGUUCAAGAAAAACACUAGUUAGUUUGGUGAAUUAUACAAUGUAAGCAAUUAAUCCGAUGAAUAAAUGGGAAAAUGCAUACAAAGCAAAUAUACUUUUGACUAUACUAACAAGAUAACUCUACUUGUAUAACUCAUUUAUGUGGAUAUCAGUGAGCAGUCGAGGUAAUAUCUAAAAUUAGUACAAUGUAAAGUUUCAAAAUAUAAAAAUAACUAUUGAUCGGUCUGACGUGUCAUUAUUUUAACACUUGUCUGGUAUUCCCAUUUUUUAUUUAUAGGGUGUUUACACAUUCUCGUGUACAAGUUGGGAUUAAUUGUAGACGAAGGCGAAGCUGAGUUUAAUGCGUUUUAUCUUGCUACAUCAAUAUUACGGAGGAAGAAAUGUCUACACACGAUGUUGAUGUCGGUGGAGGGAGGCAGUGGAACGCCGCCUCUCUCCUUGGGGACGUCAACAAUGAUGACCAACCAAAACCAGUGAUUUCUGAGUGUAGUGAUGUAUGUAGCAAUAGCGAGAGGGACAAUGUUUUGUUGAAUGAAGCUGCUCAAAAUAUUAUGAGACAUGGAUAUCUGCCACGAAUCGUUCGAAGAGCAAUUGACCGCAUCCACGAGAAACAUGGUCCAGGCCAUGUACUAACGGAUCAGUGCCUUCUGGACGAAAUCGAAAAAAUGCAACAGGAAGGUAAUCUACCAAAUGCCAGAUUGAAAAGACCAACACACGCAUGCGCAGAGAAUCAACACAACGUGGCGAUGUCUGAAGUUUCUAUUCUAGAUCUGGAUGAAAUGCGACAACAAAACGAGGAGAUGAGACGCCUGCUGGUCUGUAAAAGCUGUGACAAUGGCAGAGUAAGCCAUGUCAUAGUCAACUGCGGUCACAUGAUAUGUGUAACAUGUACCCGGAUGAAGAAAUGCUUCUUUUGUGGAUCAGUAAUUGAAAAAGUACAAAUUGUCAAGUUCGGAGACAACCUGUAGCAAGGAUUUACUUUCUCUAUGCAUUCCUGAAAAUGGGUUUUACAUCCAUGUAAAAUUGUUCCAUUAUCGAUUGAAAAGAUGUAAUGUAAGUAGGAAACAUUGGUAGUGUCUUUUGAUGAUAGCUAGCUGAAUAAAACCCCAAAAUAAUGUAAUGACUGUAGAGAACUUUAUUCCAUAAACUUCGGGUAUUUUUGUGUAAUAUACAUAUUUCAUUUUUGAUCAAUGACAAGGCGUUAUUAUGUGUUUGACAACAACUACGAAUUAUUCGAUGUCAAAAUUAUCAAAAUUAUCUAAAUUUAGGUUUAAGUUUAUGGGAAAUAAAUUACUUAUGUGAUUUUUUCUGAAAUUGAUUUUGGUAAUAUCAUGAAGGUCAACACGUAAUAUUUACGAAUUUAAAAACAAAAGGGGAUUUGUCGAGUGUCGACAGUUCAUCACAAAUCUAUAUGUACAAUAAGAUAAAAGUAGUUGACACUGUUCUGUAAACUAUAUUGCUAUGACUACAACUCACAUUGUAACAUACCCUUCGUUAUGUAUGAAAUACCAUAAGGUAGUUCCAUCCUUGUGUGGCUUAUCAAUAUUAAUGGUUGAAAGUCGAAAAAAUAUUGAUUUCCAUUCAAUAUAGUUUAAUUUGAUUGAUAACCAACAAAAAUGUAUAUAUUGUUACCUUUUUGAAGAUGUCAGACAUACAAAAACAAAAGUAUAGGUGAACAUAAGAAAAUCACACAUUUCAGUCAAACAGAUAAAAAUUUGUUAUAAUUAUAAUUUUCAAUGUCAAUUUGCAACAUUUUAAAGAAACCUGCUUAGUUAGUAAUAUUUCUAAAUUGAUUGUGGAUAUUAGGGGAACACUGAAUAAUAGGCACACAGUAGAGGGAAUACCAGUAUGGGAGUUAUUGCCCUGGACAACAAUUCUUUAUUAUAAACAAUUGAUUAUCUAUGGAAAAUAUAAACUUUUUCAAAAUCAAUAGUUUACCAAUUCUUUCAUUUUAUCUAAUGAAUAAAAUUUCACUGAAAGAUAUAUUUCUUUACCGUUAAAGUUUAAUUUGAUAAAGAUUUUUGCAAACAUCUAUGACAUUACACGAGGAUCGAUCUACCUUAAGUCAUAAGAGUUGACAGGAACAGGAAAAUCGUACCUUAAACAGACUACUGAUGAAAACGUUUGAUUACUGGGGGAAAAGAGAGAGAAAUCCAUUCAGAAUAUAUAUGCAGUAAUAUGGCUAUUGCAAUAAAGGGGGGCGACAGAUAAACAAUGAUAAACGCCUCUAUCUAUGAUAUGUAUUGACAUAAGUCAAGAUAGGAGGCAACCCAAGUAAUGAGGCCUUAAUAGGAAGAUACGGUGACCCUUUAGCGACAGAAUAUUUAUAUCCGUUCCUUAAAGUUUAAAGAAAUCUACCAGAAACAGAAUGAAUGACGAUGUGCUAAGUGUAUAUAGAACGCGAUGAAAUUUCCCAAACUCGUCAGAUAUGAAAGGGAUUUUACAUGCGUCUGCUCUGAAUCAUUGACGAAUUCUGUGUUCUAAGCUGUCAUUUAUAACGAUUUAUCGAUCAAACCAAACGCGCUCAGUUUGUUAUGGUAUGGAUAAAUGCGUUCCUAUAAUUGGAUAAUUUUCAUGCAUAGUUUUGAAAUGACAGAUUAUAUAGCUUUAAGGGAAACUGGCGAUAGAAUAUUGAACUGUCGGGUAUUUGUAAAUCCCUCUACGUGACGAGUUCACAAACGUCACCAUGUCUACACGACAGACAUUGUAUCCUGUUAUGAUACAUGUAUAAUGAUGUGGAGGCGAUGUUACUAGAUUCUAGUGUGUGGACUACACGAUUAUUUUUACUAAAGGGUCAUUUGUUAUUGCUUGUAAUUAAAAGCGAUUUCUUAUCAGAGGACUUACUGAUAAACAUGAAUAUGAAUUUUAUCAGGCAAACUAUAACGUUUACAACCGUAUCGUGGCUCUUUCUUGGGAAAUUCUGCAGUGCAAUACAAUAUUUGUAAUGCAUAUCACGAGUCGUCGUUCUUUGUUGAACCAAUUACAUCAUGCUAGACUGAGAGGACAUAUCAGCAUAUAUCUAAAUAUAUAUAAAAGCUUUUAACGUCUAUAACAGUUACCAGUGAUAACACCACAUCACGUAGAAUUUAUCUCACAUUAUCAAUAUUGCUUUGAAGUUUGACAAAUUAUUGAAACAAUGGAACGUAUCCCAACUGAUAAAAAUAUACUGGGUUAGGUUUUCCUGUUCCUUUUCAAAUUUGUUAGUUUUUGUGAAGCCUUUAAAUCAUUCUCUUUCGUGGAAUGUUUUCAAUAUCCUGUGGCAAUGAGUCAGAUAAAGUUAUAGCCACUUGGCUGUUUUUAAUUUUUCUGCACAGCAUUCUGCUAUGAUAAACUUUAAGAAUUCGUUGUUUUUAAUUAAUAUUUUCAGGAAAAGGGCUCAAUGAGAAAAUAAGGACCAACACAUUUUUUAUAUCUUUUCUAUCACAUCCUUUAUUGGUAUAAAUUAUAAAGCCCAUUUCCUCAUACGUAAUUAUAUGUUGUUGUUUGUAGUGCUUCAAAUAAAAUCCCUACAUCAUCGCAUUUUGUUUCUUUGAUAUGUACGUCUACAUAUAAAUCUGCUGUACAGGAUAAUCUAUAAAUUCUAAUUCUCAGAGUAUCCCAAGUAUCAGAAUGUAUUUUGUAAAUUUAAAAAUGAUUUAGGUCUCCUUUGUCUUUGUGUGUAUAUUAAAAAUAUGUGUUUUGUUCCAUUGAUAUUUACGUUUACAAAUAAAUCUGUUGUACAGAAUAAUCUAGAAAUUCUAAUUAUUAGAGUGUAUUUUUUUAUUUAUAAUUUUAAGAAAAGGGCUCUAUGACAAUAUAAGGACCAAUGCGUUUCUUAAAAUAUUUUCUAUCACAUCCUUUAUUGGUAUAAAUAAUUUAUGUCAAUCAUAAAGCCCUUUUUAAUCACAUGUAGUUAUAUUGUGCAGUUUGUAGUGCUUCAAAUAAAAUUCAUUCAUCAUCAUA